UAGUUUCACCGUAUGUUUUGGGCUCGGUGAGUGACACGCUCGGGAGGCGACAGGCGCCGUAAUCUUUGAAACAACUAUAAAAUGGCCUUUGCUGUGCAAAUUCGUCAGCAGCUGCAGGCAUUGGUUUCAUCUGGAGGGUCACACAAAGAUCAUGACAAGUAUCGGGCAGUGCUGGACAACAUUCUCAAAGUUGGCAAUGAAAAUGAUAUGGCAGAGGGCCUUCAGGCAUUCAUUGAAGCAAUUGUGAAAGAGACAGUGAGCUUGGUAAUAUCACGACAACUGCUCUCAGAUGUGUCUACUCACCUUACCUCAAUGGCAGAUCAUGUUGCCAAGACUGUCGCACAUUUUACGCUUGAUAAAGUACAACCUCGAGUCAUUAGUUUUGAGGAGCAAGUAGCCAGUAUCAGGCAGCACUUGGCAGACAUUUAUGAACGUGAAAGCUCAUGGAGGGAUGCUGCUGCCGUUCUUACUGGCAUUCCACUGGAAACUGGGCAAAAACAGUAUAGCGUUGAUUAUAAACUUGAGACAUACCUCAAGAUUGCUCGUUUAUAUCUUGAAGAUGAUGACCCAGUACAAGGAGAAGCUUACAUUAAUCGUGCUAGUAUUUUGCAGGCAGAGUCUAAGAGUGAGCAACUACAAAUUUAUUACAAAGUUUGUUAUGCACGUGUGUUGGAUUAUCGUCGCAAAUUUAUAGAAGCUGCCCAGCGUUAUAAUGAACUUUCAUAUAGGCCAAUUAUACAUGAGGAUGAGCGUAUGGAGGCACUCAAAAAGGCUUUAAUAUGCACAGUGCUGGCAUCAGCAGGACAGCAGCGUUCAAGAAUGCUGGGCACGCUUUUCAAGGAUGAGAGAUGCCAGCAGCUACCUUGCUACCACAUCCUGGAGAAGAUGCACCUGGACCGCAUCAUCCGACACAAUGAACUCACAGAAUUCCAAAACAUGUUACAACCUCACCAACAAGCGACUACAGCUGAUGGUUCUACUAUUUUGGAUCGCGCAGUGACAGAGCAUAAUUUACUGGCUGCAAGCAAGCUAUAUAACAAUAUUACUUUUCCGGAACUGGGUGCUCUGCUUCAGAUCUCCCCAGCCAAAGCAGAGAAGAUUGCAAGUCAGAUGAUCACAGAGGGAAGAAUGAAUGGCUACAUUGAUCAGAUUGAUGGCAUCCUACACUUUGAGGCUCGUGAUGUACUUCCCCAAUGGGACAAACAGAUCCAGUCUCUCUGUUUCCAAGUAAAUGGAAUAAUAGAAAAAAUCAACACAGCACAUCCAGAAUGGGUAGCCAAGAUCAUGGAUGAACAGAUGGUGCAGUGAAGAUAUUUGGAUAUUAAGUUGGAUGAAGUAAAUGAGUCAAUUCUUGUGUAUAUGUAAACUUAUUCACAUACAUAUUUACACAUCCAUUGAAAAAAGUCAUAUUUGACUGGAAUUUGCUAAUUAUUCUGCUUUUGAAGAGUUUUUUUUGUCAAUAAAGGAUCUGCCCAGUGUAAUUCCAAUAAAAAUAUGUUAUGAUUUUGUCAAUUAUUCCUCUUUUGAAGAGUUAUUUGUCAGUAAAUGAUCUCCCCAUUGUUAUUUCAAGAUUAUAAAUGUUUGAAAUUAUUCUGAUGUAUAUUUAGUAUAGUAUCUUGGCCAAUGAGGAAUUGCAGGUUUUCAUUGUAGUCUAAAUGUUUUUAGUUUGACUGCAAAAUAUGUCACUGAAUCAGAUAAGUACCUCUUAUAUAUGAUAAUUAGUAUCCUUCACUAGCAAUCAGUUAUCAGUGUUUUUUUUUCUCUUGUUUGUGAAUAACAUUACCCAAACGAUAAAUUAAAUGAAUAAAAAAGAAA